ACGAACAUAUAAAAGGAAAAUGUGGAUGGUAAUUCUAAUUGAAUAUUAUAUUAAAUUUGCUAAUAAUCGCACAUGAGGAAUAACACAUCCAAUCACAAUGACAAAUAUGUCUUCAUCACUAUGUCACAGCGACUCGUUAUAUAACAGACUGUUUAGUAUAUUGUCUAACAAUACUAAUGCAUCCAGCUGUUUAACACUGUAUUCCAGUACUGAAUAUCGUGAUGUAUACCAUGCUGGGAGAUAUUUUUAUGCCUAUUUUACACCUAUUAUUAUCGUUGUUGGGAUACUCGGAAAUACACUAUCACUUAAUGUAUUUCUGUCACGAAAUCUUCGAUCCUUGUCUUCAAGUACGUAUUUAGCAGCUCUUUCUGUAUCCGAUCUUUUUAUUAUAACAUCUUAUGUAACGGUUGAAUGGCUGAGAAGGGGGUUAACUUUUCUAUUUCCUGGAACUAACGUGAGAUUUCUUGAUGUCAAUGGUAUGUGUGAGCUUCAGUUGUAUAUAUCGUAUGUGUCUCGAUUUAUGUCAUCAUGGCUAUUGGUGGCAUUUACAGUUGAACGAUAUAUUGGCAUUUGUUUUCCAUUACUUCGGAGAAAUCUUUGUACAACGACAAGCACUCGAAAAAUUGUUUCCGGAAUCUUUUUACUUUCUGCUAUCAUAGUUAUAUACAAGCCAAUAUUAAGUGGGAUUUAUAAGAGCGAUGCUGGUAAUGUAUACUGCACGGGAUCUCCACAACACGGUUUCAUAUCAUUUGUGUUCGAUUCAAUAUUUGCCCUUCUUAUUUCAUUCGUUCCUUUCGUAAUCAUUAUUGUUAUUAAUAUAUUGAUAAUGAAAAAACUUCUCAGACAAAAACGAAGUAAAAAUUGUAAAAGAGUGAUGACUGAAGAAAGUACCAUCCGUCUAGAAUUUACCAUAAUUCUUUUAGCGCUGUCUAUAUGUUUCAUUAUUUUCAAUAUUCCAUAUCUCGUUUUGUGGUGCCGUAACUUUCUGACUUCAAAAUACGUCACAACAUUAAACGCCAGCGCAUCAGACGUAAAUUUAUCUUACUGGCAAGGACUUUUAUAUUUUGUUCGUACUAUUUUCUACAUUAAUUACUGUAUUAAUUUCUUUCUGUAUUUGAUAACCGGCGCAUAUUUCAGGCGUGAAGUACGAGUGUUAUUUUCGUACAAAACUCUAAGAAGAAGUUUAGAUCGAAACGUUAAAGAUGAAGCUGCAUAUGCUUGUCUAAGACUGAUCUAGUUUUUUUCUAAUUUACAGAGACUUAUUUGUAUACAAGGGUUCA